ACGGAUGUGCACCCUGGCCUCAGGGACUAAGGGAAUUUUAUCACUUCCCUGGUCCGGUUGAAGUCCUGUUAGUCGCUCCGGAGAACUAAUGUGCCUCGGUUCUCUUCUGAUUGGCUUCAAGUUCUCAGCCCCGCCCUUUUCUCUGCUCCCAUUGGUUUGGGGCCGAAGUUUUCUUUGCCAUGGCGGCCCCGCUUCGACUGCGUUCGGCGUUAGCUCUGGUCACAGGUGCAGGCAGCGGCAUCGGCCAGGCAGUCUGCCUGCGCCUGGCCAAGGAAGGAGCACUAAUAGCUGCAAGUGACCGGGAUGGGGCAGCGGCCGAGAAGACUAUACAGCUUUUGAAGGUGAUGGAGAAAGAGGCUGGGGCCGUCCCCAAGGGUCACGCUGCUUUUCAGGUUGAUGUGGCCGAGGCCGGAGCCGCCCAAGGGGUAAUAGAACAAAUCCAGGGCUGCUUCUCACGCCCACCGUCAGUGGUGGUCUCUUGCGCUGGAAUCAUUCGGGAUGAGUUUUUGCUCCGAAUGCCUGAGGAUUACUGGGAUGAAGUCAUUGCCGUCAAUCUCAAGGGCACCUUUUUGGUCAUGCAGGCUGCAGCUAGAGCGCUGGUAUCCAGUGGCUGUGGUGGCUCCAUUAUCAACAUGAGCAGUAUCAUAGGAAAGGUGGGGAACCUGGGUCAGACAAACUAUGCAGCAUCCAAAGCUGGAGUGGAUGGAAUGACCCGAAGUGUGGCUCGAGAACUUGGACGACAUGGAAUCCGCUGUAACUCUAUCCUUCCAGGAUUCAUCAUAACACCCAUGACAAAGAAAGUACCACAGAAAAUAUUGGACCAGAUAACUCCACAAAUCCCCAUGGGCCAUCUGGGGCUUCCAGAGGAUGUGGCAGAUGUGGUAGCAUUCCUGGCAUCAGAUGACAGUGGAUACAUAACAGGGACCACUCUGGAGGUCACUGGAGGUCUCUUCAUGUAACCCCCACAGGGUCCCAGGACACAUCUUUCCCCCAAGCAGUAUCAUAGCCAGGCAAAGGAAGAUUCAAAUAUAGGACGGGAGACCAGCAACUUUAUAUUGGGGAUUCGAGUUAUAUGAAAAGGGUAUCUGUAACCCUAAUAAAUUUCAAAUCUUUGUACCACC